AUGGCCAGUUUGUUAAUUUCUACCUAUCCAUCUGUCCAUUUUUCUUUACCGUAUUCUCUUCCCUCUCAACUCCCAACUCCCUCCACCGUUCACCUCCUUAUAUAUUUAUGUAAAAGUCACGUGCCGUGUCCUGCUUACGGAUAUCCGGUUCCGGUUGGUGGAUUAUCUGUUUCCUUUAUUCCAUUCAUUUGGUUUGAUUUUAUUAGACCAACCAAAUGUCCUAUAACUCUUGAUAUUCUCUCUCUCUCUCUCUCUCACACACACACAAAAUAUCUUUCUUUCUCUCUCUCUUUUUAUCUCUCUUUUUUUCUCUCUCUCCUUAAUCUCUUUCUCUCUCUCUCAAUCUCUCUCCUUUCUCCCCAUAAAUGUCUCUUUCUUUCUCUCCUUCUCUCUUUCUUCUUUCUUUUGGAGGAUUUCUCUCUUUCUCUCUCUCUCUCUACUUCUCUCUUUUCUCUCUUUAUUCUCUCACAAAUCUCUCUUUUCUCUCUCCUCUCUUAUUCUCUCCUUCUCUUUCUCCCUCUUUCUCUCAAUCUCUCUCUCUAA